GUUUACAUCGCCGCCAUGUUGUCACUAAGGCGACGCAGGAAAGUGACGUAAGCACGGCCGGACGCUGCUCAGAGCGCACGCGUUGUAUCCUCCAGAGGACCAUGGCGUCUCUCCAGACAGAUGUGGUGAAGGAGGGAGGAGAGGAGGAGGAGACAGGAGGACAGAAGGCAGGAAUGAAGAGGAGACACGAGGACGAGGAGACGUCCCCCAUCAAGAAGCUGGCGGCCGAUCACAGCGUGAAGGUGGCGAGUCACUACAACAAGCUGCAGGAAGUCGGUCUGGCGGCUCGAAGUCAGAGCAGAAUCUUCUUCAUGAGAAACUUCAACAACUGGCUGAAGAGCGUCCUCAUCGGUGAGAUCCUGGAGCAGGUGAGGGGGGCGGGGCCUCGGCAGGUGUCUGUGUUGGACCUCGGCUGUGGAAAAGGAGGAGACUUGCUGAAGUGGAGAAGAGGCGGAAUCAAUCACCUGGUCUGUGCAGAUAUUGCUGGAGUGUCCGUGGAGCAGUGCCAGAGCCGGUAUGAAGACAUGAAGAGGAAAAGUCACGCUAACGAGAGAAUCUUCAGCGCUGAGUUCAUCACUGCAGACUGUUCCAAGGAGCUGCUGUCAGAGAAGCUGGACGACGCCGAGCUGAUGUUCGACAUCUGCAGCUGCCAGUUUGUGUACCACUACUCGUUUGAGAGCGAGCAGAAGGCCGACAUGAUGCUGAGGAACGCCUGCGAGCGUCUGAAACCCGGAGGGUUCUUCAUCGGAACCACGCCGGAUGCCUUCGAACUCGUGAAGCGUCUGGAGGCGUCGGACUCUCUGUCGUUUGGUAACGAGGUGUUUAAAGUUUCCUUCCAGUCCAGAUCCUACCCUCUGUUCGGCUGCCAGUAUCACUUCAGCCUGGAGGACGUCGUCAACGUUCCUGAGUUCCUCGUCUACUUCCCUCUGCUGGAGCACAUGGCCAAGCGCUACAACAUGCGUCUGGUGCUGAAGCAGAGGUUCUCCGAGUUCUUCCAGGAGAAGGUGAAGAAGGAGCAGCAUCGCAGCCUGAUGAUGAAGAUGAUGGCCCUGGAGCCGUUUCCCUGUGAGGCCGGAGGUCGGCAGGCUUCGGACAGCAGAGAAGAGUACCUCCAUGCUAAAGAGCACUGCAGCAGAGGCGGAGUUAAACCUCCAGUGGGAACUCUCAGCCGGUCUGAGUGGGAAGCAACCAGUAUCUACCUGGUGUUCGUCUUCCAGAAGAUGUCCUGAUGCUGAUCUGACCUCGUCUCUUCUCCAGCAUGUUUGUACAGAGUUUCUGUUGAGUCGUUUUUGAUAAAACUGUGUUUGGUUCAUUGUAGAAAUGAAUUCUGAUUACAAUUAAA